CUACAAUUUCCAUUGGCGGCAGUAACCACCACAUCCAGCAUCUUCUUCGCCAUGAACUUCACUGCCCUGAUCGCUGUCACCGUCGCGGCCCUCAUUGGAUCUACGAACGCUGCCGUGUGCACCCCAAAACAGCAAACUGCUGCAUACAAUACGCUCGUGAGCCUUCUGUCCGAAGCCUCCUUCUCUAAGUGCUCCACAGAUUCGGGCUACUCCAUGAUCACGUCCAAGACGCUUCCGAAGCCCAAGCAGAAGAAAGCCAUGUGCGCGUCAUCGUCGUGCAAGAUCAUGAUCAAGAAGAUUAUCAAGCUCAACCCACCCAACUGCACACUGACGGUUCCCACGAGCGGCCUAAAGCUCAAUGUCUACGACAUGGCGCACGACUUCUCAUCGGACUGCAAGGCGCUUCAAAAGUAAACACCUUGACUACGAUCCCAUACCUGUCCAAGUCCACAACUUUUUUAUUAUCAGGAUACUGACUAUGGGAGAUUAGUUCUUUCGACGCGCAAAGUUCAAGAAAAAAUAUAUUUGAAGUUUAUCUCACAUUGUUCC